GGACGGUUCCGCGCUCGGGCGGUGUCUGUGCGUCCGUCCGGCUGCAACAGGAAACCCAACACCGCGGUGCGGGGGGACAAAGCGCCGCGUUCUCCCCUCCUGUGGCGCAGGGUAUAAAACCUGCCGGGGGGCUGCGCCCUGCCCACGGCUCUGCCCACGGCUCUGCCCGCGGCUCUGCCCGCAGCUCUGCCCGCAGGCCGGGGGCCCCGUGGCCCGGCGCCAUGGCCACCGGCGAGCUGACCGAGCUGGAGACGGCCAUCCAGACGAUCGUCACCGUCUUCUUCAGCCACGCGGGGAAGGAGGGCAAGAAGGGCACGCUGACGGCCGGCGAGUUCAGGGAGCUCGUCCAGCUCCAGCUGCCCAACCUGAUGAAGGACGUGUCCCUGGAGGAGAAGAUGAGCGAGCUGGAUGUGAACAACGAUGAGGAGCUGAAAUUCGGCGAGUACUGGCGGCUCAUUGGCGAGCUGGCCAAGGCCAUGCGGAGGGAGAAAGCGGGGAAGAAGUGACGGGGCGCUGGGGGACUCGGCCGACACGGAGCUAAUAAAAGAGGUUUUCCCAAGCA